UGUUAUUGAACUGGAAAAUGAAAAUCAAGUUACCCAUUAUAAUAAUAAAAAAGUGAUUGAUAAACCCAUGAAGUUUAAUAAAUACAAGCAAAUGAAAAUUUUUUAAUAUUUACACCUCGUAAUUUAUGAAUAAAAUACAAAAAUGCAAAGACAAAUUGAAAUUGGAAUAGUCCCCAAUGAAGCGAAUCACGAAGAGACUAUUUUUCAAAUUGCCAAUAGACUUGAUGAUUUACAAAAAGCUGCUUUACAUAUUUUUCAAUGUAUUGAUGAAAAGAUUACCGGCUAUAGUAAAAGACUUUCAGGAGUAAAACAGAAAGCCAAUCAACUUCAAGAUCAAUUGUUUUAUUUACAAAAUAAUAUGAGCCUAAAAGCAGUAAAAAUGUUUUCAGACGCAAAAUAUCCUGCUUAUACAACUUAUCAAGAAUACGAAACUAUUAUGAAUAAUUUAAAGGAUAAAUUGUUAAUUGAAGACGACAAAAAAAUCGAAUUAUACAAUGACGAAAUAAAUAAGUCUCAAAGGCCUACAAUUAAAGCAGAUCACUAUGCAACAGAACUAAACCUAAAAGAGAAAUUACAAUUUUAUUACGUUAUGAGUAAAUCGUUGAAAAAAAAUUUAAAUUUAAGCGGAAGAAAUACAUCUUCAUCUGCUUCUGUUUCAUCAGUGAGUGCACUGUUAAUUGAUGAAACUCCAAAACAAUUUUAUUCGAUAUCAACUACUGCUAAUGCCACGAAACCAAUUGAGGAUGCUCCUGAUUCUAUCGUUCAACCAUGGCAAUCUUCUGAUUUUGAAUCACCAUCUUAUUUAUAUGCUCCUAUAUUAGGCGAGGUUCCUCAAAUCAAUGUUCCAGCAAUACUUCCAGAUCUUCCAGGCAUUGUUGAUGAUGAAAAAUUUGUGCUCGAUUUAAGCUUUCAAAGUCCUAUUGCUCCAUCAUCUGCAGUGACUUCUCCAACUACACGAAUAGACCUUCCAGACGCAGGAAUUGCUUUUAAAGGAGAUAAUAAAGUUUCGAACCAAAUGCAAGAUACUCCUCCAAAUCUUCCAAAUUUAACAGGACCCGAAAAUGAAAAUUCAUCUAUUCAAUCAUCAUUACCUACACCUCCUCCUCCACCACCACCAGUAUCAAAUAAUGUUUUAGUUAAUCUACCAGUUAAUCAGACAACUUCUCAUCUGCAAACGACUGCUGCGAUUACAGCACCACCUCCGCCGCCACCACCACCACCGCCUCCUCCUCCUCCUCCGCCGCCACUUGCUUCUCCAGGAUUAGCUGAAACUGAUAGAGAUCAAAAAGUGGAGACAAAACCACCUCCAGUGCCUAAAUCUAAUGCAGAUGAUAGAAGUAAUUUAAUGGAAGCUAUUCGAGCUGCUGGUGGUAUUGGUAAAGCCAAAUUACGACAUACUUCAACAGAAAAACCAAGUGAUCGUUGGUCAUCGGCCUCAGUUGGUGGAGAUUUAAUGGCUGAUCUUCACGCAAAAUUAUCGAUGAGAAGAAUAGCUAUGUCAGGAGGUGGAGGAAAUAUUACAGCUUUAGAAAGGAUAUCAAGAUUGAUUCCUCCGCCACCUAAACCAGCUGAAACAUCAGAUAGAAAUUCCGCCAGCGAAUGUGAUUCACAACCUGAUGUUGAUGAUUGGGAAGAAUAAUUAUUUUAAAAAAUUUAUAAUAUUUUUUAAAGCAUAUUUAUAGAUGGUUAUUUGAUGUAAAUAAUAUUUAAUGAAAUAAAUUAAUGAAAUAUAAA